AUGGCGAGGUUUGUACUGAAAGCAAAUGCUCAAAUAGAAGCUGAUAGACGUUUGCUACAAUUCGAAUGUUAUGAAGAUUAUUUAGAUUCGCUUACCACUAAUCAAGACGAGUGCUAUUUACAAAGUAUUGCAGUUAGUAGAACUAUAGCAGAAUUAGGAUAUAGGAGUUCUGGAGAAACUUUGAGCAAAAAACAAUUUGAGAGAAGAUUAGCUGCUGUCCUCGCUUAUCUGUUUCCACCUUACAAACCAUACGAAUUGUCCAGUGAUGUUCUAGUUGGUGGAGAUGCUUUGCAAAUGGAUUUAGCACAUAGAGAACGACCAAACCGUGUUGGCAUACUAUCAACAAUAAUUUUUUUGAAAUAUAUGACCAAAUCAGGCUUUGAAGUAUCUGGUUAUAUAGAUUAUGCUGAGAAAUUGGUCAAAGAAGAUUGGAAACCAUUUUUUCAAGGUAAAAAAAGAGUGGUUCCCAAGCCUAUCGACCUCGGUUACUAUCAUUGGAAAUCGGGAAAAGUCGUUUGCAAUGAUUCAUUAAACUAUAAAGUCAAACAAGAUCCUCAAAAAGGUUUAAUUUUCCAAAACAGGUUCGACCGAAAAACAAUAAAUCCUGCUCCCGGUGUUGAUCCCGGGGAUAAUACGAUGAGAAAACGUGUUUACACAGAUUUGUACGAGCUUGUUAUUAUAUUCGAUCAUUUGGUUAGACAAAGAAUUUGA